GCCUCCAAAGACCACCACCACCAAAGCUACAACCACACAGAGUCCAACCAGAAGUGUGUCAGUGUGUCUGCGUUACAUGACUGACGCUGUGCAGCCAACCUUCCCACUCUUCACUCUCAGUCCAGACACAUCCUCUCUGAGUCUGCAGCGUAGCUUUGACACGUUCAUGCUGUGCUAUUAUGAUUCCUUCAGUGUGGACCUGCAGCCCAUUGUGCACUUAUGGCCAGACAUUAAGCAGGACAUCUGGACCAGUGUCUGCCUCACUGUGGACACCAGUAAGAGUGUGGUCCAGAUGUUCAGUGGCGGGUAUAUGAGCCCCAGGAAGGUGAUGCCUUAUCAGUAUGUGUGGUCAGGCGAGCCUGUGAUUAGUUUCCCAGGUUUUGAUGGUCAGCUGACAGACGUCCAGGUGUGGGACUAUCCUCUGCGAUAUAAAGACAUCUUCUACUACAUGAGCAGAAGUUAUUACGGGUCUUACAGCGGCUCCGUCAUCUCCUGGUCCUACAUCAGAUACGAUAACAGAGGAAGGGCAGUCUUGGAGGACAACUUUGACAUGCGAGCAAAAGUUGAGCAAGAGAGUAGACGGAAGGAAAAGAAGAUGAGAUUCUUUAGUGUGGAGGAAAACAAGCUGCUGCUUUAAUGACAGAAGAUGAAACUGUCCUGUGAAGCUGAGAUGUCUCUUUUCCCAGUGGCUAAAAACUGGAGGGUGGUCCCCUUCUUCCCCUUCUUCUUUUGUAUUAAUGUAUAUAUCAGAGUUCACUUCAUGCAACUGUACAGUGUAAUCCAUUAUCUUUUAUCUUUUGUUUCACCAGCCUUUUUUGUUUUUGUUUGUUUUUUCGAUCAUAAUCACUUGAAAUCUGAAAUGUCAGUGGAAGUUUUCACAGAGGUGAAGGCUGAGGUUAAAUUUCCCUUUGACUUCUAAAGGACAGUCUUUUUGAAGCUACGGGAGUUGCCAUAUGAAAAAUUAAAAUUUAAUGCACUGGCAAAAUUCCCGACUGUGAAUAUUUAAUCUCUUAUUUUACUUGGAAGUUUUACUUUUAAAAUAUGAAACACCAUAAGAAAAAACAACAAUGCAGCUCAAAUUUAUAAAGGAAUUCUGCUGUAGUCAGAGAAACCUGUCAGCAAGACUUACUGGGCUUACCCUGUAAAGGAAAUGAAGAAAUAAUUUACUUUAUGACUUAAAUAUCUAUCUA